UCUUACGAAUGUGUCAAAUGUGUCAAGCAAUUUAGCACUCCUCAUGGACUUGAAGUUCACGUACGCCGUUCACACAGUGGAAGACGACCUUAUGCCUGUGACGUCUGUAACAAAACGUUUGGUCAUUCCGUCAGUUUGAGUCAACAUAGGGCAGUACAUACGCAAGAGAAAAGUUUUGCUUGUAACCAAUGUGGUAAAUCAUUCAAGAGAUCAUCAACUCUGUCCACUCAUCUACUGAUUCACAGUGACACCAGACCUUACCCUUGUCCUUAUUGUGGUAAACGAUUUCACCAAAAAUCUGAUAUGAAGAAACACACCUAUAUACAUACUGGUGAGAAACCCUAUAAAUGUACCCACUGUGGAAAAGCUUUCAGUCAGUCUUCGAAUCUCAUCACCCAUAGUCGAAAACAUACAGGAUUCAAACCCUUUUCAUGUUCACUGUGUAACAGAUCGUUUCAACGUAAAGUAGAUUUAAGACGCCAUGUUGAAACACAGCAC